UUUCUUCCGCUCUCAGCUCAUUUCAGUUUCUUGUGCAGGUUCAGGUUUUUGUGUUGACUGGUUUCCCGCACACGAUAGUUUUUACCAGUUGGACUAAAUACGCAGAACUUGCCUCAAACUUUAUCAACAAACAUAAAACAGCAUCCAAACAAAAAGGAGCAGAAUGGCAAUUUUCAAGAUCCUCUUUUUACUUCUUGCGCUGUGUAUAUGGUGUGGGAAAUGUGAUGUGUUUUAUAAGCGAGUUGGGGAUGAUGUUUCCAUGAAGUGUGGAGUGAAUUCAAACAGUGAUAUGGAUUGGACAUUUAACGGCGAGCUCAUCUUAAGCAUUAAUGGAAAACGUGGGACUAAACGGAAGGGUACUUCCCAUAUUGCGGAUAAAGCAAAUCCAUAUGGGGACACUUUGAAGGUUCCUAAACUGGAGACAAGAGACUCUGGAGACUAUUUCUGCAAGCAGUCAGGGAAACAACACAAAGUGCAUGUUGUGUCAGUCUUUGUUAAACCAGGCCCAGUGCUGGUGAAAUCUAGUGAUGCAGAGCUGCACUGUCACAUUGCAGGAGACCCAAAUAUUAAAGUACAGUGGCUGAGAUCCCCUAGUGAUGAAGAAUAUAAAGAAAAAAAUCAAGUAAUUCAACUGAAGCCUGUGACUUCAAAAGAGGAAGGCCUGUGGACGUGUAAAGUCAAUGAUGACUUGAAGCUCAGUGUAACAUUGACUGUUGUUGAUCUCCAGAGCACAGCUGUUAAUGCCUCUACUGGGGACGACAUAGAGCUGCCCUGUUCUCUUCCUCAGAGUGUAUCUCAGCAUGUUGUGGGUGGGGGAUGGAAGGCUGACCACCUCAAAGAAGUCACUUUCCCAACCCUGACGAACACAGCAAACGCAGGCUUACACUGGGAUAGCAAGGAUUCAUCAAGGGUCAACUUUACUACUGGGCAGCUCAGCACCAACUUUGAUGUCACUUUGAAAAAUGUGCAGAAGAGUGAUGAAGGGUUGUUUGUGUGUACAGUGGAGUUUGAGGGUGGAGCGUUUCUAAGAGCUGAGAUGAAUUUGAUGGUUGUCGAAAAAAAACUUUCAGGUAAAACAAAACAACUCUGCACAGCCUAACAAAAUCAGUCUCGGGAUGCACACUUUUGAUCAGAACCAUAUCAUUUAUAGGCAGAUGUUAGAGAUUAGUCAGUACUGUAUAUAUACAUA